CGUGUGGAGUUUGCAGGUUCUCCCUGUGACCGCGUUGCUCCAGUUUCCUGGUGUGAAGGUUGCUACAAGGGAAAUUAAUGGCUCAGAAACAAGCAUUGCUGGCUGUUCAUCAAUCCCUGGAGAAAAGCUUCAAGGCCAUUGAGAAGCAACAAAGUUUGUGGGACAGUACGUUGUUGGAAUGCACUCAUCUCCUGAGCUCCUCGAGUAAUCUGGCCGAGCAACUCCGGGCAUGCAACAACGUUGACUUCAAGACGACACCCUUUCGAGAGUUUCCUGAUCUGAAACACCGCCUCAAGUACAAACUUACCCAGGCAAUGGAAAUCAAUUUGGAAAAACUUGAAGAGAUAAUGUAUGCUUCAUGUUGGAACGUUCUACAGAGGGUGCGAGACACGACAAGUAACCAAGUGGCAACGUGCUUCCAAAUGUAUGAGCUACAUGCUGACACAAUUGGUUUAACUUCAGUACUUGAGCACUCCAGUCUCUACCCUUCUGUGGCAGAUAUGCUGGAAUGGCUUCAGGACAUCGAACGGUUUUACCAAAGCCAGUAUCUUGACAGGAAAAUUUUGCUUCAGAACGUCAACUGUGAUAAUCUGCAAAAUAUUCAAGCUCUCCCACAAUCCUGGAACAGAGUGUCAGAACAGAUGGAUCAAGACUUGAUUCAAGGUAAUUUGGACAUUCCUUCAUUCUGUUCCCAUCUUCUUUAA